GAAACAUUGGAUGCUCUUAUUCAAAUGAUGGCAAAUAAGGAGACUGGCCAAGCUUCUACUCCGAUUGAUGAGGAUUCAGUAAAUGAAAAAGUGAACAGGAUCAUCGAGGUAAUGGAGGAGAAUCUGAAGAGCAUGAAGGAUCGAAUGUCAUUACUGGAAGAAGAAAACAUGCAUCUUAGAGCCCGUGUGUCAGAGUUGGAAGGAAACAACAAUGUUUUUCCCACUAACGUGACACAACAGGUAAAUUCUCAAAACAUCUUCUUUUACAUUUGCAUUUUCAAGUAUUUUUUGGAAGAUCUUGUACAUAUUCUUGAAUGCCUUCCUAAUAUUUGACAAACAGCGAUCCAGUGGGACACCUUUAUCUCCAAUGUCUCACACGCAACCAUCGAGUGAGACGCCUUUAUCUCCAAUGUCUCAACAGCCUAAUUUGACACAUGAGGAGACAAUGAAUGAAUCAGAUGAUGACACUCCUGCCCUUGAUAUUCAAGUAUUCUCUCCUAAUCUGACAAACUAAUCUGACAAAAGAGAAAGAAACAAGUGAGUCACCUGCUGAGAGGCCAUCCAAUCCUAAUCAAGAUGGAAAACCAGAUGAUGAGAUUGUGGGAGAGAAAUUAACAAGGGAGUCACCUGCUGCUCAGAGUCAAGUUUCGCAGAAAGAAACAGUGGAAAUGAAUGAGACACCUUCUUCUCCAAUAGCUCCAAAGAGUAUUGAAACUCCCGUUUAUACUCCAAGUCAGACUCAGCAGGUACAUGGUCAAAAAAAAAUCUUGGAUUUUUAAGUUAAUGUUUGGAAGCUUUAGAACGUACUCUGGAUUGCCUUCGUGAUAAUUUUUACAGAUUGAGAGAGAGCCAUCGGAUGACACGCCUGCCCUUGAUAGUCAAGUUUUCACUCCUAAUCUGACAAAAGAGAGGGAAACACAAACCUCUACUGAUGAGACGCCACCCAAAACUAAUCAAGAAGAAGGAAAAACAAAUGAUGAGAUUGUGAUUGAGUCACCUGCUGCUCAGACUCAAGUUUUGCAAAAAAAACACUGGAAAUGAAUGAGACACCUUCUUCUCCAAUAUCUCCAAAGAGUAUUGAGACUCAAGUUUUUACUCCAAUUCAGAAACAGCAGACGGUAACAGAGGGAACGUAUGAGGCUACACAGCCAUUGACUGAGAUCAUUUCAGCAAACAAUAAAAAGGAGGAUACACAUGCUGUGCAUCACACACCUUCCUCUCCAUUGUCUUCACUAAUUGCACUAGUUAUUGAAGAAAAUAAGAAUGCUUUGAGUGAGACAGAAACUGCGACCCAAUAUUUUUCUCUAAGUGAGGGAGAGGAGACACAAUCAAGCAGAAAGAAUCAAGCAGAAGAAAAUCUCAAGGAUACUACAAAACAUACAACUGAGCUAGUUUCCACAGAUGUUUCGAAGACACAGCCUCUUACACAGCCUCUUACACAGCCUCUUACUCAGCAAACACAGCACCUUCAGACAAGUGAGGGAGAGCAAUCCGAUGAGACACCAUCAGAGCAGAAUCAAGCAGAAGAAAAUCUCAAGGAUACUACAGAACCUACUACUGAGCUAGUUUCCACAGAGCCUACUACUGAACCUACUACUGAGCAUGUUUCGAAGAUACCGCCUAUUACUCAGAAAACAGAGCAUCUUCAGACAAGUGCUAUAGAUUUUUCAGAAACAAACGAGGUUGAAGUAAGCAGGCUUCUAGCUCACUUUCAAAUAGGCGCAGAGGUUGAGAUUUUGUCUACUGAUGACGAAAUAUGGUAUCCAGGAAAGGUUGUUGAUCUUAAACUGUGUGAAGGACUAGAGGAGCUGACAGUUGAGUACACGACACUCUUCGCAGACCAACAUAGACUUCAGAAACUUCAGGAUACUAUCACGGCUGACAAAAUACGUCCUGCAACACCAACUAGUGACCAAAAAUCCUUUGAGAUGAUGGAUAAGGUAGAAGUCUUUUACAACAAUGGCUGGAGCAGCGGACAAAUUAGCAUGGUACUUGGUGAUAACACAUACUCGGUGUGUCUCUAUACUUCUAUGGAAACUAUUCUAUUCAAACAUUCAGAUUUGCGAAUUCAUAGAGAAUGGAAAGAUGGAGUCUGGAAGAUGGCAGAUAAGGUGAAGCCUGAUAAGAAAAGGAAAGCUGCUGCCUCAUCACAAAAUUCAGGAAUGGAUAAUGUUUUCCUAAGAAGGAGCGAGAGGGUGCCUAAACGAUCUAGAGACACAAAAACUCCAUUCAAGUCUGACAGAAAUCCGGCUUUAACUGUAAUACCUGAGAUUAUACCUGCAGUUGAUCCGUUUUCAACUCCUGCGGAACAUAAGCUUUCAAGGCUUCAAAAUUGGAUGACAUUAAAGCCCGGCAUGCAUGAAACGUCCCUAUCAAUCAAUGAUAAUAAGAUAAGGAAAUCUUUCUUUCAAAGCAUGGAAAAUGCAAAAAAGGACCUUAAGAAAGAGCACAUUGAUGGAGCCUUUGCAAUGCUAAAUUGCAGAAGAAAUGAGAAUGCUGCUUGGUUCCACAACUACAAGAUUCCAAAGGCGUGCUUCCUACCUAUGGAGUUCUUGCAUUGCUUGCUCUCUCAUGAUUUGGCUUACAAGAAAGAAAAGGUCAAAGGUAAAAAGAUUUUCAACGAUUUAUUUAAAGAUAUUGUAAGAGGGAAGGUAUAUCCAGAGAAGACAUGGGGAGAAGAUGUUGAUGUUGUGUAUGGGAUUACUCUUGGAAAAAAAAGCAAUGUCUGGAUUGGGAUGGAAAUUCAUUUGAAGAAGAAAAGAAUCACAGUAUAUGAUUGUUUUCAAAAGGAAAGCAACAGCAUUGAUAUUCCUCAAGUGAAAAAGUUGGCAGUGUUGAUUUCUGAUCUGCUGGUGGAAUCUUCUGGUGAUGAGGUAGAUAAAGUGAAGAUGAUUCCAUUUGAGGUUGAGCAGGCACAAGGUUUACCCAAGACAAAACAUCCUUUCAACUGUGGGAUAUUUCUUGUCAAGAUUCUGGAGUGCCAGUCAUUGAAGAUAGGAGACAUGACAAAGAUUAAUGAUGACAAUGCAUUGGAGCUAAGGAGAACCUUGUCUUGUGAGAUCUUCAACCAAUUUGUGGAUGAGAGCUUUGGGAAAUGAGAAUGAUGCAUCAAAACAUUUUUUGUUUUAGUUAAGACUCGGUUUUAGUUAUGACUGUUUAUUUUGUUAUGUUGUUGGCGUCUGGUUACAUAAGAAAGAUUGGAAGGAUAUCAAGUAUUUUUUUUGGGUAUCA